UCGUUGGUGGACUUCGAUCCCUUUCGUUUGCUUUCUAGGGCACUGAUGGCGGCCCGCGUUGAGCUCGACCCGAAACCAUUAUGCGAACGAGCGUCCGGAUGUCCCAGUGUUCUUGAAUUAAGGAGAAAGCUCCAUAGAUCGACGGGGACUCGGCGGACGCGAGGAGACGAAGGGGGGAUUGGGAGACAGAGACGAAUGAUUCUUUCUCGGAAGCAGGUUCAGCAGUAUGCUUGUGAUUUAUUAGUCAAAUUAGACAAAGGAAAAAGAGUGAUGGUGCGAAGGAAAGAGGAAGGGAGGCUUCCGGAAAUCUUGAGACCAGAAGGACAAGUACAUGAGAACGGGCCAAAGGAUGUCCUCCUUUGUUGGACCGUCACGUUCUUUUCGAUUUUUGGGGGAACAACGUUGGCCUUUAGGGUUGAUCUCAUCAUCCCUUCCUUGAUGGCGUUAUAUCUGCGGAUUGAAGAAUCCCUGCUGCGUCGGUGCCACAGGAGGGGGCAUUGUUUCAUCCUCUGCAGAGGUUCGAAUUCUUCUCGAUCUUACUGAAUAUAUGAAGUCUGUUAAUGUGCUUAAUUUCUUGCUGCAAAUAUGUGUAACUAUGUGCUAUAUCACUAUAAUUUCGACUGGCUUCUGCUUUGCUAAUAACUUUUAUAUAAGAAGGAUUCCUUUUGCAUUGUUUGAAUUAGUGACAGUUCGAAGUCAAGACUAUAAAAGGAGUCAUUUUUUAUAAAUGAAGGAGUCUUUUUAAUGCUGAAAUCUAGCUAGUAUCUUUACAAUUAGAACCGAAAUUUAGGGGCCUUAAGGGCCUGAGAGCCAUUUCGAAGAAAGGUCUUAUAACCAUCCUUGUGGCUUUGGAGACAUUAAUUCGGGAGGCCUGAUGAAAUUUAGAUUAAGUAUUACACAUUUGUUCUUGAAGGCGGACUUUGCUGCAACGAUGAGGUUGACCUAGGUGUCAUGAGUUCGAAACAUGGAAAUAGCACAUGAACGUAAGGCUGUGUAUAUCUGACCCUUCCUAAAUCCUGUAGCAGCGGGAGCUUUGUGCAUUGGACCAUCCUUUUAUUGCAUAUUUAUUAUUGUAAGAAAAAUGCUACUUUUAUUCUAAGGUUUGUACAUUUAUAUUUCCCAUGCUUAUUAGCUAGUUUUAUCAUAGGGAAAAGAUUCCAGCUUUUAAGAUCUAAAUAUUGCACUGUUAAGGAACUUUCAUUAAUUUAGGGUUCUUAGUUCAUCCUUAAAGAAGGACCUCGAUGCAUGAAAUAGAUUAUGGGUUCAACUCAUUUUUUACAUCAAAAAGGACCUUGAUUAACAUUUUUCCAAUUUCGAUUCCAGCGUUAUCAUCCUUGGGAUCAACCCAUAUGCGAAUCUUGUGCUUUGCCCAAAAAUGGAACAUUUCUGAAAGUAGCAUUUAGCAUGUCAUUGUUCUGCUAUUGCUAUAAGAUGAUGCCAGAACGUGGCUUUUGAUUGCACGGCUGAAAUUUUCAUUCAGAUCAGCAUGGACCCUAUCUGCUAUGGAGAGGAUUAUCAACCGUAUUACCUGAAAGUUUUCCUUUAGGCUUUACUUUUAUCGACUUGGGUUCUACUAUGAUGUGAAAAGCUUAAUGUACUGUUGGUUGUGUUCUUUGUUAAUAGUGAAACUCUACUUUGAUUCUCUAGUUUAUUGAUGUAAAUGUGAAGCUUUUAAAAAAACUAGAUCUGGGUCUUGGUUUCCUUGGCAACUUUUUUGUUUAUAAGUAGAAAUAGUCAUAUUCCUCGCAAUUUUGCAUCUCUAAGAUAAGCUACAGUUCUUCAUAUACUAUUGGCUUUUGUAGGUGAGAUUGAAAACUCAUCCAAUUUACGUUGCAUCAUAUUCCUUGAAGUUCAAAAUUUAGCCACUGAGGUAUGAUGCCUUUGAAACUAAAUGGGCAGUUCUCAUCAAAAUCUGGGUUUUAUUUGAACAAUGCUAGAUUAGCAGAUCAACUGCUACACUUUCCUUCAAAAUCAAAAGGAGAAAGUUUAGCAAAAUUCUCUGUAUCUUUUGCCAAAUUACAUGAUGCAUAUGAACCUGCAAGCAUUAGGUGGAAAAUCUGUACUUAUGAUGAUACAGUCAACGGAGUUACUCAAAAAUAUUUAAGCAACUUUCUCCCCGAGAGUCCAUUUGUUAGAUCAGGUGGCUCCAGAUGUAAAUCAGAAGAGGAUCUUUCAUCUCACGAGCAAGGUCCUGAAUUUCCAGCAAAUCAUCUAGCUAUUCUUACUGAAAAGUUAAAGGCUGUGCAUCUGCAUUUAUUAGCGUCUGAACACUGGAAUGCCUCUCAACUGAAGUUAUGCCACGGAACCUACUUGGCGAGCGCAAAAAACUUGACCCAUUAUUUGGCAUUACAGUGCCUUGAUGUCCAACAAGUUGAAGAAAGCCUUUCUUCCAUAGGUCUGCUAAAUUUGGAAUCUAUGAAUUCUCACAUUCUUGCAAGCAUCAAUUCAGUCAUUCAGCUGUUGGAAGACCUGGUACCUAUAAAGUACAGUAUAAGAGGUAACACAGGGAACAUGGAUAGGGUUGAUUAUGUUGCUGCUGAGCAGAUUGAAAACCAGAGAGAGUACACCAUAAAUACCAUGAGCAAAAUAGCCUCUUCUCAUGCAUCAAGACUGUUUGGCCCAUCUGAUGACGGGAAGCAUGCCCAUAUUAUGGUUACCGUUGGAAGAGAAGUUAUAUCCAAUGAAACACUUUUAAUGGAUAUUCUUAAAGCAGGUGCCAACAUAAUACGAAUUAACUGUGCACAUGAUGACCCAACUGUUUGGAGUGAGAUAGUAAGGAUGGCAAAGCACAGCUCGCAGAUAUUAGAAAAACCAUGCCGCAUUCUCAUGGAUUUAGCUGGACCAAAGCUCAGGACUGGCUAUGUAGUGAAGGAUGCAAUUGCAAUGAGAAUAACCCCACAGAAGGAUGCAAAUAGUGACAUGAUUUUCCCAGCUCAUAUCUGGUUAUGUUCUGCUGGAAGUAGUCCUCCUUCUCACUUAUCACAGGAUGCAAUUGUUUGCAUAGACCAAGAGUUUUUUAAUAAUCUCAAGGUUGGUGACGUUCUAAGCUUUGUUGAUGUUAGAGGAAGAAAGAGGUCUUUUAAGCUUCUUAAGAAGUAUCCUGUUGUUGCUGGUUCUGGUUAUAUGGUGGAGUGCUCAAGGACUGCUUAUAUUGGAUUAGGUACUAAACUCUUUGUCAAGAAGGAUAGGAAGCUUUCAGUUGGGCAAGUAGUAAAGUUGCCAUCCAUCGAGGAAUUUAUUAUGCUCAAGGUAGGAGAUUUGCUAACAAUUUCUAGAAAUUCAAGCUUCUCUAUGGAUAAACCGGGUGGCACACCAUUUGGAUCAGCAAGAAUAACAUGUUCAUCCGACCACCUUUUUGACUCUGUCAAACCUGGUGAGCCAGUUGCAUUUGAUGAUGGGAAAAUAUGGGGCAAAGUUCAGAAAAAAAAUAUCGAUGAGAUUAUUGUCUUGGUCACUCAUGCCAGUCCAGAAGGUUCCAGACUUGGCUCUAGGAAAUCCAUCAACAUACCCAGGAGUGAGAUGCAGCUCAAGGGCCUAACUUCAAAAGACCUUGUGGAUCUUGACUUUGUGGCUGCUCAUGCUGACAUGGUUGGUAUUUCAUUCCUUCGGGAUGUCGAUGAUAUAGUGACUGUUCAACAUGAACUAGAGAAAAGAAAGCUUCAGAAACUGGGGGUUGUGCUCAAAAUAGAAACCAGUGAUGCUUUGGAGAAAUUGCCUCAGUUACUAUUUCAAGCGAUGCAAUUUUCAAAUCCUCUGGGUGUUAUGAUUGCCAGAGGAGAUCUGAUGGUGGAGUGUGGAUGGGAUCAGAUGGCCGAUAUUCAGCAAGAGAUAAUGUCCGUUUGCAGUGCUGCUCAUAUCCCAGUGAUUUGGGCAACUCAGGUUCUUGAAUCACUUGUCAAAUUUGGCCUUCCUACUAGAGCUGAGAUCACAGAUGCGGCCAGUGGAUCAAGGGCAAACUGUGUUAUGUUGAACAAAGGGGAACAUAUUGUACAAGCUGUUGUGGCAUUGGAUUCUCUCAUGAGCAAACAUUCCACGAGGAAGAACAAGAAGAUGCUACUGAACCCACUCCUUCCUUCUAACUGAUCGAAUACCAACUCAAGGAUGGAAUAAUUUGGGCAAAGAGGUGACAAAUUAAAAGCUAGGACAACACUAUAAAUGAAAUAUUGAGCCAAA